UUUUUUUUCUUUACAAAUGUUGAAUAACCAUGUCGAAAGACAGCAUUAUGAAAGGAUUCCUUCAACAGACAAUGUACCUGUUGAAACUGAACAGUCAGAAAAAAUAACUCCAUUUGUAUAUUCUCUUGUAUCGUGUGUCUGUUUAGGCGGAUUCUUAUUUGGUUAUGAUACUGGAGUUAUCUCUGGAGCACUAAGUCCAAUCGAAAGAGAUUUUAUAAUGACAACACGUCAAAAGGAAUAUAUAGUUGGUGGAACAACAUUGGGUGCUAUAUUCGGUGGACUCAUAGCUGGAUCUUUAUCCGAUAGGUUUGGAAGAAAGCCUCUCGUCCUGUGUGCAUCUAUCAUCUUUGUCAUUGGCUCAGGGGUACUUGCUCUCGCUCAGUCAUACAGUAUGUUAUUGUUGGGUAGACUUGUAGUUGGAGUAGGCGUGGGAACAGCCUCAAUGAUUAUACCAGUUUAUAUCAGUGAAGUUGCGCCCAAGGACUCUAGAGGAAGACUGGCGACUUUAAACACACUAAUCGUUACAUUCGGUCAAGUAGUAGCUUAUAUAGCUAACAUGAUUUUUGCCCAAACAGAGGGUGGUUGGAGAUAUAUGUUUGGAAUUGGUGCACUUCCUGCUGCCAUUCAGCUCGUCAUUAUGCCAUUUAUGCCAGAGAGUCCUCGUCGAAUGGUGGUUACAAAUGAUAUUAUGGCAGCUAAACAGACAUUGCAAAAGAUUUAUGGUCAGCAUGUAUCAGAGGCAUUUAUUAAUCGAGAGAUUGAGGCUAUUCAGGAAGACAUGCAGAAUACCAAUUUAGGGACUUAUCAAGAUUUUAAAAGACCUGAAAACCUAAAGCCUUUAAUGAUCGCAUGCUUAUUACAAGCUGCUCAACAGUUGAGUGGGUUCAACACUGUGAUGUAUUAUGCAGCCACCAUUCUUGCUAUGGCUAACUUUAAUGACCCUACAGCUGUGGCACUUGUAGUAGCUACUGCAAACAUGGUAUUCACAAUGAUUGCAGUAAGUAUUAUCGAUAAAGCGGGACGAAGGCGUAUCUUGAUUCUAUCUAUGCUUUCUAUGAUUUUAAGUUUAAUUGUCUUGGGAGGAUCAUUUGCUGUGCAGCAAGAGACUUUUUCGUUUUUGAACGUUGACUGUGUAGAUGCUCAUAGUCAGUCAUGCUCUGAUCGAUCCAUCAUCAUGAUCAUAUUACUUUUAUCAUUAACGUCCUAUGUAGCCAGUUAUGCGUUAGGCCUAGGAUACAUUCCUUGGAUCAUACAAGGGGAACUUUUCACUCUUCAACUUCGAGGAAAAGCAAACGGUAUUGCAACUACCACCAAUUGGGUCCUCAAUUUGAUAGUAGCUUCUACUUUUUUGACAAUGACAAAGUUGAUAUCUACAGCAGGCACAUUUUGGCUGUACGCUAUCAUCUCAAGCAUCCUAUGGCUCUUUAUAGUAAAACUUGUACCAGAGACAUCAAACAAACGUUUAGAAGAGAUAAGUGCCAUGUUUAUUCAUUAA